AUGUUAAAAACAGCAAAUGCCUCAUUUAUGCUUGGAACUAGCAGUUGGCGAGAACAAUUUAUUGAUGCUUUAACUGUAAGUGCUGGAGAUGAUGAUGAUGAAGAGGAAGAAGGAGGAGAUGAAGAUGAAGGAAAAACAACUAAAUUAGUCAUUCGGGAGCCGGGAGAAGCUGAUGGAUUGAAAGGGGAGGAAUUGUCAAUUACAAAAGGAAAAGGGAAACAACCGAGUAAAUCUGACUAUUUAAUGCAUUUUAUUUCUGUCCCGUGGAAGUUGGCAUUUGCAACUAUUCCACCUACUGAUUAUUGGGGUGGUUGGGCAUGUUUUACAGUCUCUAUACUCAUGAUUGGUCUUUUAACCGCAGUUAUUGGUGAUCUUGCUUCUCAAUUUGGCUGUUGGGCCGGUCUCAAAGAUGCAGUUACUGCAAUCAGUUUCGUAGCAUUAGGUACUUCCGUUCCCGACACUUUUGCAAGCAAAGUUUCUGCUGUACAAGACAAAUAUGCAGAUAAUUCAAUAGGAAAUGUUACUGGAUCAAAUGCUGUAAAUGUAUUUCUCGGUAUUGGUAUAGCUUGGACAUUAGCAGCCGUUUAUCAUUGGUUCAAAGGAAGUGUUUUUCGAGUUGAUCCUGGAGCAUUAGCAUUUUCUGUUACUAUUUUUUGUAUAGAAGCAUUUGUUUGUGUUAUUGUUAUUGUGGCUAGAAGACAUCCAGCAAUUGGAGGCGAAUUAGGAGGCCCUCGCAAAUUCCAAAUUCUCACAUCUGGAUUUUUUGCAUGUCUAUGGCUUUUCUAUAUUGGAAUUUCUGCUUUAGAAUCCUACUGUGUAAUUGCUGGAUUUUAA